AUGCCGUCGCUACCGCGCAAGCGCUCCAAGCAGAGCCUCGCCGCCUUCGGGGGCGCAGGCGCGGGCUCGUCGUCGGAGCCGGCGACGCCCACGUGGUCGCUCCCCGCGUCGCUGGCCGACGCCUCGCGCCCGCUGCCCAAGCUCAUCGUCUUCGACCUCGACUACACGCUGUGGCCGUUCUGGGUCGACACGCACGUCGCGCCGCCGCUCAAGCCCAACGCGCAGCACUCGGCCGCCACGGACAAGUUCGGCGAGGACUACGCCUUCUACGGCGACGUGCCCUCCAUCCUGCUCGCCCUGGCGGGGAUGCUGCCCGGCGCGCCGCUGCCCAGCGGGCCCGUCAAGAUGGCCGUCGCGUCGCGCACGCACGCGCCCGGCCUGGCCAAGGACCUGCUCAAGAUGCUGCACCUGCGGCCGGGCGGCGGCGGCGGCGGCGUCGACGGCGCUGGCGGGGUGGCGGGCGACGGCGACAACAACAGCAGCAGCAGUGGUGUUGGAGGAGGAGGGAACGUGAAGCCGCGCCGCGCGCUGGACGUGUUCGACGCGGGGCUGGAAAUCUACCCGAGCAGCAAGAUCCGGCACUUCGAGGCGCUGCACAAGCGCACGGGGAUCCGGUACGAGGACAUGCUCUUCUUCGACGACGAGAGCCGCAACCAGGAGACGGAGCGGCUGGGCGUGACGAUGCGCCUGGUGCGCGACGGCGUGACGUGGGACGAGAUCGAGCAGGGCGUCGAGGAGUGGCGGCGGCGGAGGGGCUACGCCGUGAAGAAGUGA